UUUUUUGUGUCUCCAUUCCGUUCCUGUGCCUUUCCCAUUGGAUACUCAAAAAGAAAAAAAAAUUCAAAAAUAAAAACAACCCCAAAAAAGGAUUACCAGCUGACUAACCAAUUAACUAACCAUAAUCAAGAUGAUGAUGCUACAUCCAACACCGGCACAGCGCGUGAGCAUACGCGAGGAGCUGCGCGAACCGGAGGAUCCAGCUGAUAUUGAGCGUGACAUUAAGUUGAUCCGCGAGUGGCUGGAGACGCAACCACAUCUGCCCAAGGACAUGGACGAUAUGCGUCUGACGACAUUCUUGCGCGGCUGCAAGUUCAGCAUGGAGAAGGUCAAGAAGAAGCUGGACAUGUACUAUACGAUGAGGAAUGCGGUGCCCGAGUUCUUCUCCAAUCGCGAUAUCAAUCGCGAGGAGCUCAACAUUGUGCUGGACUAUGUUCACUGUCCCACAUUGCCUGGAAUAACGCCAAAUGGACGUCGGAUUACGUUUAUACGCGGCAUCGAUUGCGAUUUCCAGCCGCAUCACAUUCUCGAUGCAAUGAAGGUGGCUCUCAUGAUUGGUGAUGUUCGACUGGCUGAGGAGUCUGUCGGCAUUGCUGGGGAUAUCUUCAUUUUGGAUGCAGUCGUUGCGAGUGCAUCGCAUUUUGCCAAAUUCUCACCCACGGUGGUGAAGAAAUUCCUUAUUGCAGUCCAGGAGGCAUAUCCCGUCAAGGUGAAGGAGGUUCAUGUGAUUAACAUUUCGCCACUGGUCGAUACCAUCUUCAACUUUGUUAAGCCCUUCGUCAAGGAGAAGAUCCGCAGCCGUAUUACCUUCCACAAUGAUGUGGAGAGCCUGUACAAGGUGGUGCCACGUGAUCUGCUGCCCAAUGAGUACGGCGGCAAGGCGGGUCCCAUUGUCGAGCUGAAUCAGUGGUGGAAACAGAAACUGGUCGACAAGACCGAAUGGUUCAAGGAGCAGGAGGACAAGAAGGCCAACGAAUCCUUGCGUCCGGGCGCACCAAAGACCAGCGAUGAUUUAUUUGGCAUGGAAGGCACCUUCCGUCAACUGAACAUCGAUUGAGAUUAAACAAAGCGUUUUUCACAUGUAUUUUCUAUACAAAUAUUUUAUAUUGCGUAUUUUAUUCUCAUAUUAACCAAUCAUUUUGUUCGCUUUACGCUUCAUUUCCCAACUACUUUGUCUGUUUGUAUCUCAUUGCAGUAAAAUUACAAAUGAAAAUAAAUAAAAAAGAAA